GUACGUUGCGUUCGGGUUUUCACGCUUGCCGCGUUUGUUGAUCGUGUGCGCUUGGUGUUAUAUUGAUCUUGGAUCAGCGGAUACAGCUUGAGGGAAAGGGAACUCCCAUCCGUACGAGGACGACGACGGGUUUUGUGUGGCUUACCGGCAGUGGAGUGAUUGUGUGGCGGUAAAUUUGAAACUUCGUACAAUCUUGGAUUACAUUGAAACGAAUAUUAUUCGCUUAUUUUGGUGAUUUAACCUUUGAACUUAUAAGACGGAUUAAAUUUCGAACCGCAACUUGUGAAACGCUGAAAACUUUGUCCGCGAUUUUGAAUAUUCACGUGAGAAUCCGAUAAAAAGUUUUUUUCUGUCGAUUGAAGAAAGAUCAAUGCGAAUAGUUCAAGAUUGAAAAAGAUCAGUGAUCGAUGAUCUAGAUUCAGUGCGAUAUUUAGAGGCUACAAGAGAUAGUGCUCGUACACACGUACGUGGAUGCAACAAAGCCAGUGUUCUGAUUUUCCGGAUGCCCCGUAUUGUUGACCUGGGUGAUUAGCAGGUCUGAUCCGGCAGAAGAGACCCAGCCCAGCAAAGUGUUAGUUCAGUUAGUGCUUCAGUACAAAUGUGUCAAAAAAUAAGAAGAUAUGCGCCCGGAGCUUGGGGAUCGAUCGAGCAAAACAAAUAGAAGAGGUGUGCUUCUUGGUUUGGGCUUUGUUUUCUUCCUGAAACGAAUGUGUGGUUGUUUACCCGCGAGGAGCCGCGAAGAUUUGUUAAUGAUGUGUGUUCGGAACAGAAAUCGGUAGCUGCUUGCUGAACUAGAUGGUACGUGCUCGGACCGGUGUUUGAAAGCUCGGCGCUUGGGGUGAUGGAUAUGUUCCAGUUCCAGCAGACCUGUGGCCAGUACCGAUUCGUGGAACUUGGCAAAAGUGGAUGACACGGUAGUAACUUUGAUUAGUGCAGAACUGGCUAAUGAACGGAAAUGCUCGGUGCAAAUUGGAGCUCGCAAAGAUCAGUGACUGUGAAUGAUUGGAAAGUUCUGAAAUAAGUGCAAGCGACAAGCACCUACCGUAAUCGUGCUAACACUACAGUGGCAGCUUCCUCGUCCGAGAUGUCUUCGUCUAGUUCAAAACACAAACUCUCGAAAACAUAGCCACACUGUCGCAACCUUAUUCCCCUCAUGCUAAUCAGAGGAGAAUCGUCCAAAUAGUGUGCGCCACUACCGGAAUCGGAACAGGGAACGGUGCCCAUUUGAUGUGUUUAACGUGCAGCCCCUGCUUGUGAAAGUGAAUUCAGUUACUGUCGGUUGUGAUCCAGAGCUACAAAUUGACCGUCGGGUGAAAUCGGGUUCGUUGCUGGUAUUUCGCGACGCGACGGCGCGUUGAUGUCGUUUGAACAAGGCAAACCUGUGGGUGUUGUGUGGCUUUGUGAAGGGAUUUAUAUACUGCCAACGUGCGGGUAACGUGCAAAGACUGUCCAGAUUCAUGAGAUCGGAAUACACCGAACAAGGUGGGGAGCGGUACACUUCGAGGAUAUCGUCCGUCGGGGGACAGCAAUCGAACUUCAAAAUGUUUACCAGAUUCGACGCCAACAAAUCAACCAAAGGAGCCUCCAAGCUGCGGCGCGAUCUGAUCAACUCGGAGAUCGCCAACCUGCGGGAUCUGUUGCCGCUGCCGCAGUCCACCCGGCAGCGACUAUCGCAACUGCAGCUGAUGGCACUGGUCUGUGUCUACGUGCGGAAGGCUAAUUACUUUCAGCAAGCUUUAAAACGCAGUAUUGACAUUGGACUGCAUACAGCUCCCACGCCAAAUAUAGGAUUUUCUAAGGCCAUGUCCGGUUUCUUGAUGAUGCUCACGCAGAAUGGGAAACUACUCUACAUCUCCGAUAAUGCUGCCGAGUACCUUGGCCACUCAAUGGAGGAUCUCCUAAUACACGGUGACUCCGUGUAUGACAUCAUCGACAAGCAAGACCACGGGGCCAUCCAGGCGGAAUUAGGCCGCGGAGUUCCUCAGCACCAAACCAGCCACCAUAGUCACCACGGGCACGGGUCAUCAUCCCAGCUGGACGGCGAGCAGCGGAUAUUCCUCUGCCGGAUGAACGUUAGUCGGAAUGCCCGGCGACAGAUGCGGUUCGGCGAUCAAAAAGUCGUCCUCGUGCAGGGACACUACCUCUCGUACCUCCCGUUGUGCAGCCGGAACGAACCGGUGUUCAUCGCAACGUGCACCCCAAUUGCCAUGCCCGAGACGCGGGAAUGCGUCGUCCAGGGAGCGACCAACGUCUUCACAACGAUUCACUCCAUGGACAUGAAGAUUGUGCAUAUAGACAGAAACGGUGAAUUCCAUCUAGGGUACAAUCGCAACGAAUUGCAGGGCAUUUCGUGGUACCAGUUGCUGCACUGGGAAUCGACGCGGGAGGCACAAAGCAAACACCGACUGAUUACCCAAUCCGAGCAGGACCGUUCCUGUAUUCUGCUGGUACGGAUGCAGCGGAGACAAAACGACUUCAUUUGGGUGCACGUGGUGCUGCAGGUCCGCGACGGUCAGGACUCGAACCAACAGUCGGUGAUCGUGUGUACGAACCAAGUUUUGAGUGAUCGUGAGGCUGCAGUUAUGUUAUCCAACUCAUGGCUGUAUCACUACUACACAGUUCAAUCCAAAAUGCAGUUCGGCAUUCCCUUCGAGGGUGCCACACGAAUCCCAUCGAACAGUUCGUACUACCAUGGCCACGAGCAUCACUCUCCCAAUUCAACGCUUCAGGCCCACGGUUACAUCGCUCCGCCUCACCACGUAUCCUACGGAUAUCACUCCCCAGUGGGGCAAUCGAGCUCGUCCUCAGGGACAUCUCACCAUCACCAUAAUGGAACCUCCUCGUCUAUCAUUAGCCAUCAUCAUGGGCUAGCGGGAGAACACUACCGUCCAUACGCUUACAGGCUCGACACGCAGCCCGUAGACUACAGUAGUCAACCUUCGAUGAUUCCCGGCCAGGUACGAUGCGAAAGCACCGACAGCAGCCCUACUAACCAAACCCCCAACGGUGGCCCGGAUCGGAACGGAACACCCCCAACCAAAAAACGAGCCGUCGGUCGACUGGAACCCAUCUACAUCCCCGAGAAUGGACAAGACUCACCCGAGAGCUCCGUAACCGAACUUCAACCCCCAAGUCAUGCCAUCAAUCACGAGCACCACGACAACAGUAAUAACAACACCGCGGGUAUCGCUGGCGGAGGCAUUGGCUCCCUAAUCGGCACCGGUGGGGUUCAAACCAUGUCGCUGUCUACCUCAUUGCACACGCGAAGCAGUCGAAUCAUCAAAGCUCCUCCUCCGUCCACCAUCACCGAACCGACGGACUUCAUCGACCAGUGGAACCCAAGUCCCCCAUGGUCGGACACCACCGUUCAAAAGGUUCCGGACAUCUCCCAUCAGGAGCUGAGUCCCUACAUGACCACCACGCCCCCGACCCCAACCAGCGCACCUCACGUGGCCGGAGUGCCUACCACAUUCUCCUUCGACUGGAUGCCGGAGCAAUUCGUUCCUAUCAUGACUGACUGUCCGCCGCAUUCGGUUCCUUGCACGCUCAACCAAGAUGGAAUCCCUGUGCCAAUGUCCCUUCCGAUGCCAGUGCCACUACAAAUUCCUCCUCCUCCGUGGCCGUCAGAUCAUCGCCUACUAGCGCUGGAAGGCAGUGCAUCGUCCGCCACGGCCCAGCAGGUUGAUCGAAAACCUGCCGAAGAUCAACAAUCCCAGCAGCAUCAUCAUCACCUGCACCACCACCACCUUCACCAUCCUUCCCUUCAACAUCAAGCAGGUUCGUCCGCUUCCUCCUCGUCCUCCUCCAAUGGAAUGGACAGCCAUCGGGAACUUAAACGAUCUCACUGAAACGAAAGCGAACAGUAUUGAGUCUUCAAGUUGUGUGUGAACGUGACAACGUUGCAUCGAAUCCAGUAUCAGUAUUUUACGAUUAUUCCUAAUUAAGGUACAAAUCAUCCAGAACGCGUUUAUGCAGUGGUAGUUGCAGAGGCUGUAUGCCAAGUAGAUUGUUGUUUAUAGUGUAAAUUUUCAGAGAAGUAUUUUUUAUUUUUAUGUAAAAUAAUCGAUUCCGUCCUAGUUGCAAUUUGAAUGUGCAAUUCAUGAAAUAAAAUCAUGCGACAUAAAAGUGUCCAAAAUUGGUUCAUCAUCGGAAUGGUGGACGAUGACGUUAAACGUGCAUUUCUAUUUCCAAUCGCGAUUCCUUCUGUAGUGCCUAUUUAUUUACCAACAGUAUUUUAUUAUUUAUUUAUUAUCAAUGCAUGUCCAGAGAGCAUGACAUUUAUUUGUGAA